CUGAUCAUUUUUAGACCAAACUAAGCAUUUCAAGGCCCCGUCAGCAGCAAAGCAAAUUGCAAUACGUCGCUCUUUUGCUUAUAUUAGCCACUAAAACUCGCCUUCAAUAGAUCGGAAAUGGCGAUGCGAAGCGUGGUGAUGGGAAGUCGGCGCUCCGUUUUAACCGGAGCCAGAUGCAUGUCAUCGUGGUGGCGGAGCGUGGAGCCCGCACCUAAGGAUCCAAUUCUUGGCGUAACGGAAGCUUUUUUGGCCGAUCCUAGUCCUGACAAAGUUAAUGUUGGAGUCGGCGCUUAUCGAGAUGAUAACGGAAAGCCGGUUGUUCUUGAAUGCGUCAGGGAGGCUGAGCGGAGGAUUGCUGGAAACAUGAACAUGGAAUAUCUUCCUAUGGGAGGGAGUGUGAAAAUGGUGGAGCUAACACUGAAACUUGCUUAUGGGGAGAAUUCUGAGUUUAUCAAAGGUAAAAGGAUAGCAGCUGUGCAAGCACUCUCUGGGACUGGUGCAUGCCGACUGUUUGCAGAUUUUCAAAAGCGUUUUCAUCCUGAUUCUCAAAUCUACAUACCAGUCCCAACCUGGGCUAACCACCAUAACAUCUGGAGAGAUGCCCAUGUCACUCAGAAAACUUUUCGUUACUACCACCCAGCGUCCAAGGGCUUAGAUUUUGCUGGACUGAUGGAUGACAUUAAGAAUGCACCAAAUGGUUCAUUCUUUCUACUUCAUGCUUGUGCUCAUAAUCCUACUGGAGUUGACCCUUCAGAGGAACAGUGGAAGGAGAUCUCUCACCAAAUCAAGGCAAAAGGGCACUUCCCCUUCUUUGACAUGGCAUAUCAGGGUUUUGCUAGUGGUGAUCCAGAGAGAGAUGCCAAGUCCAUUAGAAUUUUUCUUGAGGACGGUCAUCUAGUUGGACUUGCCCAAUCAUACGCAAAAAAUAUGGGACUCUAUGGCCAAAGAGUAGGAUGCCUUAGUGUGCUAUGUGAAGAUGAAAAACAAGCAGUGGCUGUUAAGAGUCAGUUGCAGCAGCUUGCCAGACCCAUGUACAGUAAUCCACCUGUCCAUGGUGCACUUAUAGUCUCAAUUAUUCUUGGAGAUCCUGAGUUGAAGAAUUUGUGGCUCAAGGAAGUGAAGGUCAUGGCAGAUCGAAUCAUUGGAAUGCGAAGUGCACUUCGAGAGAACCUUGAAAAGUUAGGAUCACCCUUAUCAUGGGAGCAUAUAACGAAUCAGAUUGGUAUGUUUUGCUAUAGUGGCAUGACACCAGAACAAGUUGAUCGAUUGACAAAUGAAUUUCACAUCUACCUGACCCGUAACGGUCGUAUCAGUAUGGCAGGUGUAACCACAGGCAAUGUUGGAUACUUGGCAAAUGCCAUUCACGAGGUGACAAAAUCUGGUUAGUCCCGGUUUAGUGGUAGCAUCUCAUUAUUUUGGCGGUCAUAUAUAUUUGCUGAGGACAAAGGCAAUAAAAGUUUAGCUCUUUUAAUUAGAGAAAGGAACAAUAAGAAUGGACAACUUACACAUUCGAUUCUUCACAAUUUAUGCUUCCAUUCUUCUGUGAUUUGGUGGAAGAGGUAAUCUUGGAAGUAACAGGUUUUUGUAUAACAAAUUUAUCUUUGAUAAACCUUACUUUUUUGCAA